AUGCCACCGUUUUGCUCAUAUCCAAAAUCCCGUGUAACCGAAGGUAUUCCAUUUUCUAGAAUUGGAAUAGAUUACAUGGGUCCUUUAUAUUCAAAAACAAAUAAAGACAGUGAAAAGAAAGUUUGGAUUUGCCUGUUCACAUGCCUUAUGACGAGAGCAAUUCACCUAGAAAUUGUAUGUGACAUGACAACAGCUGAAUUUCUCAUGUGUUUCAGAAGAUUUGUAGCACAAAGAGGUUCUCCUACCCUUAUUAUCAGUGACAAUGCCUUACAAUUUCGUACGGCAGAUAAAAUUCUUGAUCAUCUUUGGAAUAAAAUUCCUAAAAAUGCUGAAAUAAUGAGUUAUGUUUCAAAUGCUGGUAUAAAAUGGAUGUUUAACGUAGAGUUGUCUCCCUGGAUGGGAGGCUUUUACGAAAGGCUAGUUGCUUUAGUAAAAAGGUCAUUAAAGAAAGCCAUUGGUAGAAAAAUGUUAUCAAUAGUGCAGUUACAAACUCUUAUUAAAGAGAUAGAAGCAGUUAUAAAUUCAAGACCUUUAGUUUAUGUUGGAGAUGACCUGCAUUCUAAUAUCCCUAUCACUCCUGCUCAUUUUCUGUCAAAUAAUCCGAAAAUUGGGAUUCCUGAGUUUGAAAUCGACAGUGAUGACGAUUAUAUUCCAAUUGAAAGCACAAAAGAUAAUUUACUUAAACUAUGGAAAAAAGGGCAAAGGUUAUUGGAUAUAUUUUGUAAAACUUGA